UAGGGUUUUAGAAAAGAAAUUAAGGUUUUUUCUUAUUUCUUGAGGUACUUCUUUUGCUUCUCUCCCUUGAGAUCAAGAAGAGCAUCCGGGAGCAAAUGGAGUCUGGGGUAAACGAUUUGAAAUCCCUUCGGAUAACCUCUUCCGAUGACGACGAAGUAUUGGUGGAAGAAAUCGAAGUGGAAGAAGGAGAAGAUGAAGAUGAUGAGGAGGAAGAAGAGGGGGUGACCCUAGGUUUCGUGGAGAAGCCCAAAAAACCUUGCUUUCUGCUUCGCCAUCUGUUUCCAAGCAAAGCUGGAGGCGUCCCGGCGUGGUUGGAUCCAGUGGACUUGCCAAGAGAGCAAGCUCGAAUUUGUGGCUUCUGUGGAGAGCCUCUUGAGUUCCUUCUUCAGGUUUAUGCUCCAAUCUCUGAGAAAGAAUCCACGUUCCAUCGCACGUUGUUUGUGUUCAUGUGCCCGUCCAUGUCAUGCCUUCUCAGAGACCAGCAUGAGCAGUGGAGGCGUGAUGAGAAUCCUCGUAGAAGUUUGAAGGUUUUCCGUUGCCAAUUACCUCGGUCUAAUCCUUUUUACUCGAGUGAACCUCCGAGGCGUGAUGGAACGGACAAGCCACUCAGUAUUGGAGCUGCUCUCUGCUCUUGGUGUGGCACAUGGAAGGGAGAUAAAAUUUGUAGUAGUUGCAGGAGAACACGCUACUGUUCUGAGAAACAUCAGGGUAUGCAUUGGCGAUCAGGUCAUAAAAAUGACUGCCGUCAGAUAAUUACUUCUUCAGAAGCUUCUGCAUCUAUACCUGGCAACAAUAGAGGGAAAUUACCAGCCAUAGGCAAAGCUACCUGCAGCACUCUAUGGCCUGAAUAUGAGAUUGUGAUUGAGGAUGAACUUGCAUUUGAUACAGAAAUGUGUGAAGACAAUAGUUGUGCAACUGCUUUGGUGUCUAAGCAUGACAAAAUUGAUGAAACAUUUCAGUUGUUGUCAGACAAGUUUGAGGCUGAUGACAAUAAGAAAAGUUGGGCAUCUUUUGAAGAGCGAAUUGCAAAAGCCCCUGAGCAAGUGUUGAGAUACUGCCGAGAUUUGAAGGUGAAACCACUAUGGCCUUUGUCAGUUGGCCGUCCAUCUGAAGCACAUCUUCCUAAAUGCAACUACUGUAAAGGCCCUUUAUGUUAUGAAUUCCAGAUCAUGCCUCAGUUAUUGUAUUACUUUGGUGUGGGAAAUGAUCCUGAUUCUCUUGAUUGGGCAACCAUUGUCGUCUACACGUGUGUAGCUUCCUGUGAAGCGAGUGUGAGCUACAAAGAGGAGUUUGCAUGGGUUCAGUUGUAUCCCACUGCAGCAAUACCUUAGUAGUGGUACAACAUUGAUGAACAAGUCACCUAUGAUACAGAUCCAGGCCAGAUCUCAGUUUCUCAACUCAAUAUCUUUGGCAUGGGAAAACACCCUAGAAACUGGAUUGGAAAACCAUAGCUGCAUACCUAUGAUGAGCUUCUUUGGAGCAAGUGUGAGCCACAAAGAGGAGUUUCUAUAUAUUCUGCUAUGCCAUUUUUAUGGCAAUUCCUCAUGAGUGCUUCAGUGUUAUGAAGCACCGGCAAAUAAUUUUUGUUAAGUUACAUUUCUAUUAUCAUGCUGUGAUGUCUUUUGUAUGUUUAAUGGCUUCUCCAAGUCUCUCUUUGUUACUUCUGUCUCCCCCAGUGUAGAGCCUUUUUGACUGCUGACAAAUGGCAUCAGUUGCAAUUUUGCGUUUCAGCAACGGUUUAACU